UUCUUUUCUAAAUCGCUUGUUUUUUUAUGUUUAUCCUAGAUUUAUAAUGAAUAAUAAUUCUAACAAUGAUAAUACAACAUUACUUAAAGAACAAUUAAAUUCGCUUCAAGAAUUAAGACAAAAAACGCAAGAAUUGAUUGAUUGUAAAGCAGCAUUGGUAUCAAAAUCAGAAAUUUUAGACCAUAAAAAAGAUCUAUUAGAAGAAGCCAAUUCAGAAAGGCAAAGAUUGCAAAAAGAAAAAACAUUAUUAAGAGAAAUGUUGCAAAAUAUUAAUCAAGAUUUAAACUCGAUUGUAGAAGUUGAGCGAACUUUAGCAAAAGAAAGUGAAGAUCUUGAAAGAUCUAUAAAUAAAUUAAAAACCGAGCAUUAUGAGCCUUUACACGACCAGGUGAAUGAGAUACGGUUAAAAAAUGGGUUGACUAAACUACCUCAUAUCCAACAAGAAUUAGAAGCAAGAAUGGCAAAAAUACUAGAAGAGAGAAGAGUGAAAUGGCAGCAAGAAGAAAAUGCAACUUCAUCUUUCUCGGCAAAGAGGAAGUUAAAUUCACCAAAUGCAAGUAACAGAUCAAGGAGAAAUUAAGUAAAUAAAAAAAAAAAAUAACAUGUAUAUUUUUUUUUCAAUUUAUUUUUUUUCUAUUUAUUUCAAUUUUUGUUUCCGUUUUUUUUUUUUUU